AUGGCACCACCCUGCGCCGUCUUCCCGGCCGCAGACCUGCCCGACGCGAUCCAGCUGGACCAGGGCAAGCGGCGCAAGCCGGCGCCCGGCUCGGCAGGUCACAAGAUCGACCUGUCGGCCUGCGAGCUGCUCUCGAUGGUGCAGUACGACUGCCAGGUAGAAAGACCCCAGGAUCGGCAGGAGACGGUCAAGUGCUGGCCCGUGCAGCGAUGGUUCCGACGCUGCGCAGAUCAGAAAGGCAGUUUCGUGGUCGAGACGACGGCGUGGGAAGACAAGAAGAACGCCCAUGCUUGA